GUCCAUUACUUGCUCUCUCUCUCUCUCUCUCUCUCUCUCUGGGACUGCUCUCUCUCCACUGUGUGCUUGACUGCUUGGUAGCAGGCUUUCCCCACCCCUCCUCUACACACACCACUACUCCGCUCACCUCCGUCUUCCUCCCAUUCAUCUACCAAGAAACCCCUUGUCGCUGCCGUGCUGACCGAGAUGCUGGGUCGGAAUCGGAGGGGGAGGGGGAGGGGAAGAGCCGGGGCGGAUCCGCCGGGCGACGGCGUCGGCGUCGAGGAGGUGACCACGGAGCUCGUGUUCGAGCAAAACAGGCCCAUUUGCGCGCCUCUGCAGCAAAAACUUAGUGAUGUCCCCGUACUCAAAUUUAACCUGGGAGCAGAAAUUUUGGAAGUUGAAUACCAUAGGGUCAUCACAGAGAUUAACAAGAGAGCUAGCAAAAUAGCCCCUGGGCUGUACAUGAACAAACCAAUAACACCCAUCCAAAAUCCACAAAACUGUCCAAGGCCCUAUAACUAUGAUGAUCGAACCAAGUGGGGACAUAGCUACUAUACCGUUGAGAUGAGGUUCCACCGCAAACGUCCGCAUCCAUAUCGUGGAUUGAGGAUUCAGAUCAUCUUUAGGGACUAUGAUGGUUAUAUGCUUGGGUAUCGGAGGCGUAUGAAUGGACACUGGACCAACUGGUACUACUGCAGCAAGAAAGAGUUCCCAAUCCCUUUCUUUAUCCAAGAAGGCGCGAUAAAACUACCAUUCCGAGAAGACUAUGUCAUGAAGCCUCUUAUUGGUGGAGCUAAAACAUUUAUGAAUAUCUUUAAACAAUUUGCACGAUACCCGGAAAUGGGAAACUCACAAGAGCUAUUAGAGGCGUUUCUUUCCGCUGUGGUGGUUCUGUCAGAGGCAAGGCGCAUCAUUUGGGUAUUUAGGGAAGUGAAGAAUCGGAUCCGACGAAAUGAAGCACCAUCAGAUCUUGACUGUAAGGUCCCUGGAAAGGAACUCCCCACUGGAUUGGCUUGGACCUCAAUUGGAGACUGGACCAUGGACAGUAAACAGGUUUUAGGUUCUGCGUUCAAGGGAGAAUAUACGCCACGUACCGGUCAAAAAUUCGCGGAAACUGUGGUACCUGUCAAGACGUUUGGGCAGCUUAUCUCACAAGAUGAAGAAUCUGGACACCUAAGCCUACUGAUGCGCGUGGAGAAUAUAGCAGCUCCCGAGGGUGGGUGGGUGCUCACAAGGUUGAAGAUGAAGGUGAAUAAUCCUGGACUUCGAGUCGUUGACCCAGGAUUCCCUGAUGAUCCAGAAUUAUCUGAUGAUGAGUGAUCAGUUAGCUUGAUGCUGCUGCAUGCCCAAGGAGGAGGAAAGGAGAAGAAAGAAGAUGGCCAAGAAUUGCGGGGUGGGUUUCAGUCUGAUCGUAUCGCCGUGUGUCAAUUGUCAAGUCGCAAGUUUAAUUUCGUCUUAGUUAGUGUUGAACCCUAAAGUUGCAAGUUUCAAUAUUAUCCUCUUGGAAAGAAUUAUGUUGUUUUCUACCUUGUGUGUACUCGAGAACAUAUCGUUAUGUGAUGCACCUGGUUAUUUCUGUAUUGUAGUGAAUUGCUCUGCUUUUGCUUUUGUUUAACAAUGAAGCAAACAAGAUAGAUUGUUUCGAUAA